CUACUAUAAGUCACUCGAGCAGCAAGCAGCAAGCAACAGUUAGCUAGGCCAGCUGUGCAAGCUCGACCAAGGAGAUAGGCCAACGCAGCCACGGACGGGCAUGGCGAGCGGCGUCUUUCGCACAGACGUCUCGCGGAGGGCUCCUGCCUCGCAGCCGCUGCUCGACCGGCCUUUUGCUGGGCCGAGCCUUGGCGACGCGACGAGGAGUGAUGCUGAUGGGACCGCCGCCGGCGCCUCGUCGUCUUCCGCGGCCUACCUCGACGCGGCAGCCGAAGAGGUCAACAAGACAAUCGACGCAGAAGUUAAAACGCUCAUCGAGGGCUUCGAGGCGCUCAUCGGCCUGAGCAGGAUUCGAGACAAGGACAAAUUUCAGAUCGCACAGGAAAACUUUGAGCUCGAAGCGAGGGCAGAUGUCAUGGUCCGCGCCGCUCAGUCUUUGACCCUCCUUAGCCACUCGCUGAAGCUCUCGCUACUUCUCUCGCAGCAGCCAGUGGACGCCCCCUUGGGGCCGGGCCAGAGGUCGGCGAACUCGCUCGACGAAGAGGCACUGCAGCUGAUCGAAAAGACGGCAAAGCAUAGAGCCCGAUGCGCUGAACUGCUGAGCCAGAUUGGCGAUGUUAGCUACGGCAUGGAGGGGCCAGCUGAUAUUGCAAGGGCCGGACACAACGCAGAGGACGAGAAAGAAGAGCAGCGGGAUGACGAGGACCAGCGGGCCGGUAGGGAAGAAAGUGAAGAGGACGAGGACAUGGAGGACGUGCGGUGAAGGGCUUGUUUCGUCGUUGGUCAUCAUUGUCACCUUUCAUCAUUGUCACCAGUCAUCAUCAUCACCAUUCACCAUCAUCAUUUGUGCAGUAAUAACAUUGGAAGCAGGUCAGUUCAGGAGCA